GGUUGCCAGGUCCAAAAGUCAAACAGUUUUAUCCUUGAAAAACUACUAAAAGUCAUCCUUUUCUCCACUUAAUUGCUCGAAAAUACGAAUCUGCACGUUACAAUGGGUCUUUCUGCAUCGACUGCUGUUUUCCUGGCUUCCCUUACUGGGAUACCCAUCGCGUAUAUGUUGAAUUUGAUGGCAGCAUCUCUCGACGAAAAAUACGUUUUUGCUGCUGGAGUGAUCAGUUUGAUUGCAAUUGUUGUCUUGACCUACGUGCUUGCUGACAACAAGAAGAAGCUUAGUGACCCACUUUUCUAUGUUUUCAGCAUUUGCUGCUUCAGUUCAGUGUGUGACUUGUUCUUAAGUUUGGAGAAUGAUGGCUGGGUGACGGGUAUCAUGGAGUUCUACCUGAAGGAUGGGGAGCCCUAUUUGGCAUCUUCAAUGGGAAUCCUUGCUUGUUAUUGGGAUGGUAUUGGACACUAUGCUAUGUACUUAAUAAUGCUGUGGGCUAUGGACCGAAACCAAGACUUCCGUGACUGCGGUCUCUACUGGGUUGGCUCUAUUGGCCAUAGCUUGUUUGUCUUCCUGCCAGGAAAUGUAAUUGGAAAAUAUGGUGUGAAGUGGUCCUUCCUUCUCAACGUUCCAUAUGUGAUUGUUCCAAUAUAUGCCCUUGCUCGUUUUCUCAAUGAGAGGCCCAAGGCUACCAUUCCCAAGAAACAGUCUCAAACUGAGUAUUCUCCAAUCUGGAAAAGACCUGUGGAUAUGUUGCUCAUCCUGUAUUUGGCUGCAUCUCUGGUGUUGGCAAUGUUCAGGGGAUUCACUGUUCUCGGUUGUAAUCCAUGGUACAUCAGGGAUGUAGAACCAUACUUGACAGAUCCCACAUCAUACCCAAUGUUGCAGAUGCUGGUGUACAUGUUCUACUUCAUUCCCUACUACUGUAUGGCAAUGUAUGGCCUGGUCGUCCCUGGUUGCAGCUGGAUGCCAGACUGGGCGAUGGUCCAUGCUGGAGCAGCGAUACAGGCACAGAUAUCCCACAUUGGCUCAGCCAUACAUGACAGGACCCCGUACAUCCACCGGAUCCCCAUGACCUUUGACUCAAUGUUGCCCUUCCUGGCGAUCAACCUCCCACUGCUGAUCAUUCCUCAGCUCAUGGCUGCCAGAUGUCUCAUGAGCAGUGAAUACUUCAUGCCUGUUGAGGAGAAAUCUAACGAUUCAUUGAAGCCUUCUCAGAAGCGUGAGACAAAGAAGAUUAAGUAAAGAUUUGCUGUAAAAAUGUUGAAACUUGAUAUCUUUGGUUUGUCAAGUUUAAUAGGUGUUAGCUCAAUGUUAUCAUGAAAUACUUGUGAAAUUUUAUUGCAAAUGGGAUAUUGUAUAAUUCUGUGUUAAACAUGUUAAACCGAUUUAGUCUGAAUUACCCAGUCUCACAAUUUUUAAAUUUUUCAUCAGGAUAUUCUUUUGCACUUGCACAAUAAUUUCACACACUGACAUGAUAUUUCUACAUUCCAUUAGUCUUUCUGUUUCUUGAUAAUAUUCAUGAUGGGAGUGACAAAUUAUUAUUGAAAUCAUAGACGUAGAGUGUUAGUAGGUCCAUGGUUAGUAACAACAAUAGAUUAGAGCUAUCCUUGAUGGUGAUGAAACACUAGCUUUCAUAAUGCUUUUUUGUUUGUUUGUAAUAAUUGUACUACAUGUACAUGUAGCUUGGAUUUGACAAUGCUUGUAUAUCAUCUGGCAUGCCAGGCACUGUGUCAUAACUUUAAGGGGAUUUUUGAGGCAGGAGGUACAAGGUUCUGUUGGUGCUAUUUGGUUAAACUACCCGGUUGUGAUUAGAAAUCCUCCUCGCACAAGGGACAAUGCGAUAGGAGAGACAGCUAUCAACUGCUUGGUUUAGUAAAUCUGGCCCACUUGAAUUCUAUCUAUUGUCUCCCUUUAAAAACCUUUACUUCAUGACAUCUUCUAGAUUACUAGUCCUUUGCUUAAUACUUUCACAUAUCAAAAUAUUGUUCAACCUAGCCAUCAUUACUCAUUGCAGCAUUGCUAUUAUAUUAGUCAAAGCCUGAUUAAACUGCCAUACAUGUAAGUAGUGCCAGCGAUUUGCUCUUGUGAACAGUAUGUACAUGUUUUUGUACAUUGUUUUUUCUAAAGUACAAUUUUUCAAAAUCAUCCACAUGAAUACUCCAUGCUGUCCACUCAAUCUUGUGAAUCAAAUAAAUCUAUUUUCAGUAUUAAAAA